AUGGAAUUGAAGCACGCGGCGGGUCCCCAGCCGGCCCAGCGAGGGGAGAGACGACCCUCGGCCCCCGUCCUGCACUCCGGCACCAAGUUCAGACACGGGCUGCUCCAGCUGAUGAUCCACACCAUCGAUCCUCUCCAUGACGGGCUCGAGGAGGAACCUGGGAAGGUGGACGAGAAGGCGACGCAGCUGCACGCCAUCGCCUCGCUGAAGGUGCUGCUGGACGCCACCAAGCCCCAGAACGGUCGCGUGGAGACCUACCGCACCGACGGCCUCGCCCCUGACCCUCGCCCUGAUAAUCAGUCGCACGUAAGUGGCCGCUCGUCGCAGGGCACUGAAGUGACGCACGUGGACUCCCUGGCCUCCUCGGACGCUGCGUCGCACAGUGGCCCCCACACCAACGGCGACCUCCAGUCUGAGGGCAACUCCGUGGCUAACAAUGGCGACGCUGACGACGAGGACGCGCCCAAGCCCAUCGACCUGCGCUGGCCAGACACCUGCAGGAAACGCAUCACUUAUAUCAUCGUGGCGCCGCUCAUCAUCCCUCUGUGGAUCACCCUGCCGGACACCAGGACCCCCAGAGGAAAGCGCUUCUUCUUCAUCACCUUCUUUGGGAGCAUAAUUUGGAUUGCAGCCUUCUCCUACCUGAUGGUGUGGUGGGCGUCCCUGGUGGGUGAGGUCAUCAACAUCCCGCCGGAGGUGAUGGGUCUGACCAUCCUGGCUGCGGGAACCUCCGUCCCGGACCUCAUCACCUCCGUCAUCGUGGCCAGGAAGGGCUUCGGCGACAUGGCCGUCUCGUCCUCCGUCGGCAGCAACCUCUUCGACGUCACCUGCGGGCUGCCCAUCCCCUGGCUGCUCUUCGCCCUCGCGCAGCUGAUUGAGAACAUCAUCAACAAUAAAGAGAACCCAACUAGUAUUGAACCUAUCCUCGUCAACUCAGGUGGGAUGGGUUGCUCCAUCAUGAUGCUGUUCUGCAUGCUGAUGUUUGUUAUCAUCUCCAUCGCGUGUUCUAAAUGGAAGAUGAAUAAGGGCCUUGGCAUGACGAUGUUCAUCCUGUAUUUCAUCUUUGUGAUGCUGUCACUGGCCUUUGAGUACGAGUUCAUCACGUGCCCAAUGUAAGGAGUCUGAAGCCACUUCACAAGUGCUGUUUGUGUAAUGUUUUAUUCCUAGACACUGAAGACUUGUCUAGAUGCCCACAUCGUAACCACUAAAUGAACAGAAAGUAACUUAAUCCGUACAUAACAAUCUCUCUUUUGGCCUCAGCAGUGCUUCAGGAGGUUUUUCAUGACGAAUCUCAAUGUUAAAUUGAGGUAUUUCAGCCAUACUUGUUUUGUUUGUUCACAGCGGAGGUGUUCCCCAACAACCUUGAGAGUCGUGGUAGAUGUAUAGCCCUUCUGCUCGUGGUUAUGGUGCUGGGUGGAACACUGCUGUUGGCGUCCCACUCAGCCCCAUUUCUGUGGAGCACGUGCAUGCCCCGUUUAUAACAAAAAAAAUAGAUGCUGACUUGGUGGUUCACAAUGAAUUUGAAGCCUUUAGUAGCCUCCGUUGCAUAUAUUGAAGACUGUUGACUUUGUACUCGUGUAUAUAAUAUAAUUAUGUGGAAACGAAUGUGCUAAUGACAUUUAUAAGACAAAAAACCCAUAGGUGAAUGCUGGAGAAAUAUGGGGAAAACCAAAUCUUGUUCGCCACAAGUGAUUCAGUCUUGGCAGUAUUCACACCUCUCAUGUUGUCUUCCCACUCCCUUGACUCCCCUCUUCUCUUCUCAACUUACACAUUAAACUUGUGUGUGUAGAUGCAUGAACUUCACAUGAAACACACGCACACAGAUGCACGCAGAUGCACGCGUGCAACUCUAACACUGCCUCUUCCCUCAUCUCUCUCUCCUACACCCACUUCUUCAUCUGAUAGAGCUCUUGCUAUUCACUGAUGAAGGAGAGAGACUAGUGUCUCGCCUGUUCAAACUUGGCCAAUUCCAGGCACACACACACACAAUAUUAUUUUAACUAUUAUUACUGUACCUUAUUAAAACGUAACAAUUUUUAACAACUUCGUGGUUUCUUUGUGUGUGUUUCCUGGGAAGUCAUUUUUUCCCCAGUCCGACACCCAUGACAAAUAAGCAAGUUGGACAAUUAGCAAAAGCAAACAAGAAAAUGUCCCAUAUGCAGUUUUAGAAGUAAACAUACAGUAGUUGAAAUACUAAAUGAAAGUAUGUGUUUUUACAUAUAAACAAGUACAGAAAUUAUUUUUAAUGAACGACAAUUUUCUUCGAUUGACACUAUUUUUCCGCUAGCUCUACUGUCUCUCUGCAGCUGUCAGGCAUUGUCUAACCUUACUGAUGCUUGGUGAAGCUGUGUGUCUGGUUCCUGGCUUGGUGAAGCUGUGUCUGGUUCCUGGCUUGGUGAAGCUGUGUGUCUGGUUCCUGGCUUGGUGAAGCUGUGUGUCUGGUUCCUGGCUUGGUGAAGCUGUGUGUCUGGUUCCUGGCUUGGUGAAGCUGUGUGUCUGGUUCCUGGCUUGGUGAAGCUGUGUGUCUGGUUCCUGGCUUGGUGAAGCUGUGUGUCUGGUUCCCGGCUUGGUGAAGAUGUGUGUCUGGUUCCUGGCUUGGUGAAGCUGUGUGUGGUUCCUGGCGUGGUGAAGCUGUGUGUCUGGUUCCUGGCGUGGUGAAGCUGUGUGUCUGGUUCCUGGCUUGGUGAAGCUGUGUGUGUGUGGUUCCUGGCUUGUUGAAGCUGUGUGUUUGGUUCCUGGAAUGUUGAAGCUGUGUGUCUAGUUCCUGGCAUGGUGAAGCUGUGUGUCUGGUUCCUUGCUUGGUGAAGCUGUGUGUCUGGUUCCUUGCUUGGUGAAGCUGUGUGUCUGGUUCCUGGCGUGGUGAAGCUGUGUGUCUGGUUCCUGGCGUGGUGAAGCUGUGUCUGGUUCCUGGAAUGUUGAAGCUGUGUGUCUGGUUCCUGGCAUAGUGAAGCUGUGUGUCUGGUUCCUUGCGUGGUGAAGCUGUGUGUCUGGUUCCUUGCGUGGUGAAGCUGUGUGUCUGGUUCCUUGCUUGGUGAAGCUGUGUCUGGUUCCUGGCGUAGUGAAGCUGUGUGUCUGGUUCCUUGCGUGGUGAAGCUGUGUGUCUGGUUCCUGGAAUGUUGAAGCUGUGUGUCUGGUUCCUGGCGUGGUGAAGCUGUGUGUCUGGUUCCUGGAAUGUUGAAGCUGUGUGUCUGGUUCCUGGCGUGGUGAAGCUGUGUGUCUGGUUCCUGGCGUGGUGAAGCUGUGUGUCUGGUUCCUGGAAUGUUGAAGCUGUGUGUCUGGUUCCUGGCGUGGUGAAGCUGUGUCUGAUUCACAGCUUGGUGAAGCUAUAUUUUUGGUUCUUAGUUUGGUGAAACCGUGUUUGGUCAAUAGCUUGGUGAAGCUGUGUUUCUGAUUCAUGGCUUGAUGAAGCUGUGCAUCUGACUCAUGGUGCAGCUGUCUGGUUUAUAGCUUGGUGAAGCUUUGUGUCUGGUUCGUGGCUUGGAAACACUGUGGAUUUGGUUCGUAGUUUGGUGAGGCUGUGUCUUGAUCAUAGUUCGGUGAAGUUGUAAGUUUGGUUCAUGGCUUGAUGAAGUUGUGGGUCUGGUUCAUGACUUGAAAUUGUGAAUCUGGUUCAUGGCUUGGUGGAGAUGUGAGUUUGGUUCGUGGUUUGAUGAAGCUGUGUGUCUGGUUCAUGGCUUGGUGAAGCUGUGAGUGUUGUUCAUUGCUUGGUGAUGCUGUGUAUGGGUCAGUUCGUCUUAUUAUGUACAUUUUAAUCUUCUCCUUUUUUCCGCCGCUUCUGCCUAACUAGUCUCAAUUUAGGAGUUUCUUGGCUGUACGCUUUGAGCAUCUGCUUUGUUUAUGGUGCUCCAAUCUUCUAUAGAGUUGACUAGACUACAUUGCCUUGCAAGGAUUAUGAUUUUCAAGUCUCGAGGCUUUUACAGUGACAAACACAUGCUCUUGCCUUGAAAUAUAGUUCUGAUUUUACCAUUAAUGUGUACGCAAUGCUGUAGUCGUGUCAGUGUUAAGAUACUGAUGGUAUUCCAUCACUUUUUUGGUAUUUUAUUUUGUGGUAAGAUCUCAUCUGCUCGCAGAACAAGUUUGAGAAAUGAUGGCAAGAGGAUGAAGAUGGUUGCUGAAGACUGUAAUCUGUGAUAUUCACGCCCUAAGACAUCACUGUAUCCACCACCACCACCACCAUCAUUACUCAAACUCAUGCUCGUCGACUGAUUGCAGUAGGCUUUAGAUGUGAGUGGUCUGGGAGCCGUCCUGCUUGGGAAUGUAACCCUUCUGUAUCACACAAAACUCAUCUCCUAAUAACAUUAAUCCCAAAGCUCUUGGCCUAAAGUAUAUACUCAUGAAUAGAUAAAGGAUUGAAUGGCAUUGUGUGUGGGACUUGGGUAUAAGCCAUUGAUAAUACAGUUUAUAUACUGUCAUAUAUCAUUAUGUGAUUGAGGUAAUGGUGCCUCUUUUUACCGUAAGAACAACUUGUCUUCAGCUAGUAAAUGCUUCUCCAUGAAUUACUUUGCAGCUACAGUAAGUUAUAAGCAUAUAAAGUAGAGCAGCAUCUUGUAGCUCUGAGCUCAGCACUGGUCCCAGCCCAAUCACUGCGAUGACUUCUGCCCAGCCCUUUAUAUAUAUGUAAGAUCUCCUGAGUUAGCUAUUAGAUCACGCACACAGCAAUAAAUACACGGCAUUUGUAUUUGGAAAACGUUAGGAAUGGAUGUCAUUUUAUAGCUACAUUCUAAUGUUGUUUUGAUGAAAAGUCUAGUUUGCAUAUAUAUCAUCUUUACGUUGUUGAUGUAUAUAAUAUAUUGAUAUACGCUCCAGAAG